UUCUUGUUUAAACAUGCGAGCAGAUUCGCUUUUCUUAACUGGAAAAUCAGAAGCACUUUUCAAUACCUCCCCGUUAAAGGAAAGUAUCGCCGUUCCUGCGUCACCAAACUCCAAUUUCCCAUAACCCCUUCUACUUUCCCUUAAAUUACUCACUCCACCACUGCGCUGCCCCUUUAACUCAGGGACAGCACAGUCAUUUUACAACCAACACCUCUACAAAGGUUCAUCCUCAUUCAUCACCGCCACCACCGUCGUGGCUUCACCUUCUGCUUCACAACCAACCAACCACCACCACACACACUCGCCGCCGCAAUCACAAUUCGAUUCCAAUUUUGCCCCUCCCGUUGCUCCAAAUUCCGAUUCGCCCAAUUUCGCCGGAGAUAUUCAAUUCGGAAACGGAGCCCUAGAGAUUAUUCACCUUUUAGGGUUCAUUUUUGAUUGAAUCGGUAAUGGCGGAUCGAGGAGAGGAAGAUGACUUGGAAAUGGCGAUUCGGAUGAGCAUGCAGGAGAACCCGACGCCGGAGCCGAAGCGGAGCAAGCCGAGGGACGUUGUUGAUGGGGUUGUUUCUGGGUCGCCGGAGGAUUCGCCGGAGUAUAAGACCAGGCGGCGGGAGCUCAUGGCGGCGGCUGCUGAGAAGCGGAUGGCUGCGACGACCUCUUGGGUUUCGCCUUCGCCGCCGCAAUCGCCUGCGGGUAAAGGGGUGAUAAAGGGUGCAGAAGCUGGGAAGACUGAGCAGGAUUUGCGUUUGAAAGGUGGGGACUUGAGUAAGGUGCUGUCUGUGGAUGAAGCUAAUCAGUUGUUUGUUAUGGUGUUUGGGAGUGAAGUCUCAAAAGGGAUUCUUGCUCAAUGGAGCAACCAGGGAAUCAGGUUUAGCUCUGAUCCUGUGACAUCAAUGGGCCUAGUGCAGCAUGAAGGUGGACCCUGUGGCGUUUUGGCAGCUAUACAAGCAUUUGUGCUCAAAUACAUUCUUUUCUUCAGUGACGAGUUGAAAGAUGUAUCACUUAUGCCACAGAAUCGAGGUCUGGGUGCGUCGUUUAAAAGUCAAUCUGUUCCAUCAUAUAAUUUUUCUUCACUCUCUGAAGGUGGAAAAGUAAGAGCCCUUGUAAGAAGUAUGGGUGAAAUUUUAUUUUCUUGCGGAAAUAAUAGAAGGGCUGUGAUUGCAACUUUGAGCAUUCCAGAAAAUGACAUUCUGCGCUUUGAUGGAAUUUCAGAGCAUGAGGUCAUGGCAAGAUCACUCGAAGGUCUUUCCAUUGAAUCAGCCUCAGAUCUGCAGAAAGUUCUUCGGGUUGAAACAUACACAUCCCAAACAACUUUGUUGCAGAGGCUUGAAGCAGUUAUUCCCUUAUUCCAAAGUCGUAUGGGGGCAUUGCUUUUCCUAAUCUCUGCUUUACUUUCUCGGGGACUGGAUUUGGUUCAAAGUGACAGGGAUGAUCCCAGCCUACCACUGGUUACUGCUCCUUUUGGGCAUGCCUCCCAGGAAAUUGUAAACCUACUGCUCUGUGGGCAGGCUGUCCCUAAUGUGUUUGACGGAAGGAUGGAUUUAGGUGGGGGAAUGUUUCUGAAAGGCAUAUCCCAAAAUGUGGAAGUUGGAUUUCUCACUUUGCUAGAAUCCCUGAAUUUCUGCAAGGUUGGUCAGUUUCUGAAAUCCCCACAAUGGCCUAUAUGGGUUGUUGGGAGUGAAUCCCAUUACACAGUGCUGUUUGCUCUUGACCCCAGCGUUCAAAAUGAGAAUGAACUGGAAGGAAGGGAAACUGAGAUUCGCAGAGCUUUUGACGCACAAGAUCAGAGUGGAGGCGGUGGUUUCAUUAGUGUGGAAGGGUUCCAUCAUGUUCUCAGAGAAACAAAUAUCAAACUUCCGUCAGAUAAGCUAGAUCACCUUUGUGGUGCUGGGUUCAUUGUCUGGAGCGAAUUCUGGCAAGUAAUUUUGGAUCUAGACAAAAGCUUGGGAGGUUUGAAGGAUUCAUCUGGGUUGAUGGGUAAGAAGGUCUUUGAUCUGUACCAUUUUAAUGGGAUUGCUAAAUCAGAUCUGAAUGGCAGUCAAGUUAAUGCUGGGGGUGAAACUCCAUUGCAAAGACCCCGGCUCACGAAGUUGAGCGUUUCAGUUCCCCCAAGGUGGACACCGGAGGAAUUCAUGGCAGAUGUGAAUGUUUCCUCUGCUUCCGGCCCAAGUGAUUCUUCUGGGAAGGACGCUGAAGUAUCUAAACCAGAGCCUACUCAGCAUGCACCUUUGGUGGACUGCAUAAGGACGCGCUGGCCGCGCGCUGUCUGCAGCUGGUUGGGGGAUCCUCCUAGUAUAGUCUGAGAUGGUCAUUUGUUGUUCUUUGGCUGGGAAAACACAAUUGGUUCAGCAAUGCCAAGAGAUAGAGGGGAUGAAGAAGCUUUCAAGUUUUUCUUUGAACUUGCACCUCGAGGCACAUGAAAUUUUCUCCAAUAUGUGCACAGCAGUUAUAUAAUGUGGAUUAAUGUAUUUUUCAACAUUCUCUUGGAUUUUUUCGUGUCUUUCACAAGAUACACCGAAGAGGAACGUGGUAUUUAUUAUCAAACCUGCUUGUAUAAUCCAUUUAAAUGUAUUGUCGUCAAUUAGGAAAGUUAUAGUUCUUGGGGGGUGGAUUAUUAAUAAACGUGAAAUAUGUUCUUGUUUCUGAGAUUGUUGUAAUAGUAAACCGUUGGGCUUGGCUUUUGAUAGGGCUAAAUUAUUCAUAAAUAAUAUUCUCGCAACUUCAUGGCC